AUGAAGCUACACAGUCUGAGCAGUCCUCACCUUUCUUUUCAUGUUUGCUUCAUCUUUUAUUCUGUUAGCCCAUCAUCCCUAUUUUUACACAAAACAGCAUACAGGACCAUUGGAAAGACAAGGCUGACAAAAUGGCUGUAUGAUAAAACUCGAUGUAUAUUCCUUCCCAUUUACGGAGGGUUUCCAGUGAAAUUGAGGACAUUUAUUGGAGAACCUAUCCCAUAUGAUCCAAAUAUAACCGCUGUAGAGCUGGCUGAAAGAGCAAAGACUGCACUUGAAAAUCUUCGGGAUAAACACCAAAAAAGGCCCGGAAAUAUAUUAAGAGCUCUUUCAGAAUGAUUUGAUAAGCAUUACAAAGCUAACUAGUCCAUAUAAAACAGUUGCAGUGUUUCUGACAAGAUGUCUGUAAUAGGAACAUUAAUCAUUAUGUUAUUAA